UGUUUCAAUAUGGCGGCGGCAGCAAAGAGAAGUGGAAAUUCGGGGAUAUCAUGGAAGAAUUUUGGUAUAUCUACUUUUAUUUGACUUUUUACACUUCACAGAGUGCCUUACGUCCGUGCGAGUUUUGGAAAUAGGAGUUGAAGGAGGACUGAAAAGUCAGACACCUGCAGGUUUGGGCCCAGAUAGGAUCUAUUCGUCCGGAAAAAAAGACGCCACGAUCCGAGUGAAGCAUGCUGCUAAUGGCAAAAAUCAAGCUUCACUAAAGGCGAUGGGGAGAAAUAAAGGCCACUAUCAAAGUGAUUGCUCUGAGAGUUAUACUACAGACGAAGCAUCAGCGGAUCAAAGGGAUUCUGUGCCAACUAUGCACAUCCUCUCUCAGCCCAGUGGUACUUAUCUUCCUUUGCAACAGGUGAGCAGUGGAGCAAAGGGCGACAUCUCUUUAAAGGACCUGUGUUUUGAAGACAAAAAGAGAAUUGCAAACCUCAUUGAAGAGCUGGCCAGAGUAAGUGAGGAGAAAGAGGAGUCUGUGCAGCGUCUGAAAAAUGAACAGGGAAACUUUGAACGCAAGAUCCAGGAUCUAGAGCAGCAGAACCUGAUGAUAGCGAAGGAGAGAGAGAGCCUACAGCUACAAUACAAAGAGUGCCAGGAGCUGCUUGGCCUCUACCAGCAGUACCUUUCUGAGCAGCAGGCCAAACUGAACCAGUCCAUUGCUCACCUCACUCACCCAGCAACUCUCAGUAAGGUGCUCGGUUUUGAGGAAACCCCCAGCAGGCCCUCUACAAGCAGAGCUAAUGGCUCAUUCUCUGACAACUCUUACACCGGCCUCGCUGCUGCUGAAGUGCAGCAGGCUCCGCUUUAUAGGAGCCCUAAUGUAAGAAGAGGUGCUGCAGAAACGCUCAGGAACCCUGCCUCUCUUUCCUGUGACAGAGAGUUCAGUCCAAACGACGGGGCAACCAAACGGCACAUGAGUCAAAAAAGAGACUGCAGGCAGCCACGCAUGUGCUACACAUGUGAGCGCUGCCAAGGCAGUUGUCAUGACACUGGCUGUGGUACACAGCACGGAAGAAGUGAAAGCAGCUGCUGUCUAGCGAACUGUCAUCAUGACUCCUUUACUGCGAGGGAGCAUCAAAGGCUGCCAAGUAGGAAUAUAAUUACUGCAGAAGCAAAGGAAGCCCUGACCAGGCCCCUGCUGGCUCAUGAGGACUGGGAGGAGAAGCGGCACCAGCUGCUGCUGCAGAAGAUGCAGUUGGAGUUGGAGAGGGAGAAGCUGCAGGCACGGCUGGCUGAGCAGGAGGAGCGACUCAGCAGACAGACAGAGCAGCUUCGACAGUCACGACUUCUUCACAGCAGUCCAGCUCAGUUCAGCAGCUCAAAGAAUGCUGGGUCAGAGUCAGAGGGUCCUUCCCACCGAGAUUUUCCCUCCAGGCCGUCUGGGAUUGUGGAAACUCAUUCUGCAGAACAGAAUUUGCACGAAAAGACCUCCCAGGCUGUUCCUGCUCCUUCUGCCAGUGGAAAGGAAAAUCCUUUACAACGGUCUCGAAGGGACAUGGCCACAUCUCCAGCAAAAACCCCUACAACUCAAAGUCUCCCUACCUCGGUUUCUGUGAUCCAACACAUCCCUGAAAACAGGUUGGACCAUUCCUUGAGUGAGAUUUUGGACGUCUUCAGUCCCGUCUCUGCCCCGAAGCAGUUCAAGCCUGCUGCUCAAAGACCCAAGACGGCACAACGCAGUUCAACCCUCGCCGGCCCCAAACCUGGAGGAACGAGCCUGAUUACUCCAGACCGGUGGAGCCAACAGUGAUGGGACGAUUUGCUCCGUUUGACGUGCGCUAAAGGCUGAGAAAUGACAUGGAUCCAUCCGCCUGGGAUUUUUUUUGUUGUUGUUUUAUUUAUUUUUUGACAUCAUAAUAGCGCAUUGGCUGCUUGCAGAAGUGUGUGUUCAGGUUUCUUUGUGUCUGUCUAUUUUUUUUUCUUUCUUCAUUGUGGGAGCACAGUGCUGAAUGGCAGAUUCUGCAGGUGACAAGGCACACCUCGACACGGUGACAGCCCAUACGCUACAUGCACUUUACUGAAUGCAAAAAGAGAGCAAGGGUUGUGAGACGUAUUCGUUUUGGUUCAAGUUUCAAAGAGAAGUUUGUGUGUGUGUGUGUGUGUGUGUGUGUGUGUGUGUGAGCUCACAUGAUAUGUUUUGGAAUAGAGUCGAAGAUAAUUGUCCUUUUCCUCUAAAGAAAAUCCUCUUUAGCCCGAUUCCCUUAAAGCCUGCUACUGAGAGGUGGCUUUUUGCAUUUUUCAGAUAAUAUUUACAGAAGAUACGUUUUCUCACACGCGCUGAUCUUUCUUCUUUUUCUUUUUUAGCAACAUGUCGUGUGUCAGCAUAUAGGUUAUCAGAGAUAGGAAUGCCUGCAGUUUUUGGGGAGCUGCCAGAUGUGUGGUUCUCUUCCCAAACAGAGCAAUGCUUCAAACUCCUUCUAAAAUCUACAAAAAAGAAAAAAAUAUAUAUAACAGCUCAACGUAGUCAGUAGCCGCUCUAUGUACAGUCGCACAUAUAUAAAAUAUGUGCAUAUAAAUACAGAUAUUUGUGAUUAAUAUCUAUUAUCCAUAUAUACCGUAUAUAUAUGAAUACAUUUGCUUGAAUGCUCGUUAUACAUAUAUAUGUACUGCAAAUAUAAACAAGUUCGUAUAUUUCAAACGUUUCGGAUGUUAUUUUAUCUGUGAGGUUAGGAUGUCGAUUUUAAAAAAGAUAAGGCUGUGAUACGGAGCAGCCCCUCCCAUGCACUCGCCAUCCCUCCCGAGACAAAAACGAAAAGGGGAACAAAAAUAAACAUUUUGCGUAAUUGUAAACUAGCGAAGUGAGAGACCCCUUUUGGUCGUCUGAAAUAGUUCUGCCUGUAUUCAAAAAAAGCAUAUCGGCAAUAUAUAUAUGUAUAUAUACAGGUUUUUGUAUAUAUUCGAAAUGUACACUUGCUUUUAAGUGCAACUCUCCAGGCAGGCGACGCUGACCCGAAAGGAGAUGCGGUGGUCCGAGUAUAUUAGAGCUACAAGUCCUCAGCGAUAAAAACGUUUGGUCUUUUGGUCCCUAAAACAACUAAGGAAUGACGGAUAAGACUCCCUGGAAUCCGUUGCUGCGGCUCUCCUCGGCAACGGUGUUCCCUGGAAACAGACAGGCACUCCGAGCUGAAGGUGGCCAUCCCAAAUCUGUCCCGGAAAUGUCUCAUUCCCUACCUCGCCUCUCUUUCUCUCUCUCUAUUUGCUCCCGGUGGCUUGAAGUCUUAGAAAUUGGCCUUCAAAAGUCAGAUGUCCAAAAAAAACCAAAAAACAAUAAACCCACACACCCUUGAAACCGUCUCUCAGAAGGAUCUCCUACGGCAAUCCACUGUUCAGUUUUUAAGAAGUUUGUUUUUCCUCUUGGACUUUUGGCGUCCAAAACCCCCUUGGAGAGUUUAGUGGAGUUGGUCAUUACCAGUCGAUUUUAUGGAGGAUCUUUUACUUUUUUCCCCUCUCUGCGUUCAAGUAAAAGUCUCAGUGGUCCAGACAAAGGUAGCUGUCAUUCAAGCAGGUUUUUUUUUUGUUGUUGUCUUUUUUUUUUUUUUUUUUGUUAGGUGGAGGAGCUGUAUAUAUGUGUGCAGGAGGAAAAGAGGUCCUGGUGCUAACCAGAAAAUGCUCUCUCAGUUCAAAAGUUUUAGUACAUCCAAAGGGAGGUGAACUGGACCCGGUCAAUGCUCGCUCGCUCUCUCUCUUCUCUCUUUUUCUGAAGCAGACGUUGUGGUCCAGAAGCUGAGUUUGCGCUCAGCGGUGGGUAGCAA